UUUCUGCACGGAUGUACCUACUUGUGACACCGCUUUAAAACAAUCGCUAUAACUUAUGGGUUCUCUCUUUUUCUCAUGUCCAAAUGUGAUAAAUCUUAAUUUAGGACAUACGUCGUCAUGCUUUGUUAACUAAAUGUUCUUCACUGUGGUCACAGAAUUUUAUUGAGCAGGUCAGUUUGUUGUGUUGGUGCGUGUUUCUGGGGAAGGUGAAUAGAAAACACAAAGAGGAAGUUGUUGUCAAGUAUUAGUAGCAUUACCAGCACUAAGCGUUUGGAAAUAUGUCACAUUUCUCCUCUAAGGUUGUAGACGUUUAAAAAAACAACUCUGGAGGAAGCCGUCGCUUUAUUGGAACUAUACUUAGUUGUAAUGAUAAUUUCAUUUUCCUGGGCAAUUUAUUUUAUAUUCGUGUCGAAACCAUUGUUUGGGAAAAAUUAGCUAACCCGACGUUAGCAAUGGGUCGAUGACACAGACUGUACUAGUAACGUUUUACCGCCCAGCGUCGUGCACUAGUGAAGGAGUGAGGAGACUAAAUGGAUUUCUCUAAAUUUCUGGACGAUGAUUUUGAUGUGAAAGACUGGGUGAACGGCGCCUUCAAGGUGGCGCAGAAGGACGCGCCGGGGAAGGCGGACACGCACGCAGCUACACUGGUCAUGAAAUUGCAGCUGUUCAUCCAGGAAGUCAACAAUGCUAUCGAGGAGAGCAGUAAUCAGGCUCUCCAAAAUAUGCCCAGAGUGCUGCGAGAUGUCGAGUCUGUGAAACAGGAAGCUUCCUUCCUCAAGGACCAAAUGGUUCUGGUCAAAGAGGACAUCAAGAAGUUUGAACAGGACACUGUGCAGUCAAUGCAGGUCCUGGUGGAGAUAGAUCAAGUGAAGAGCCGUAUGCAGCUGGCAGCUGAAGCUCUGCAGGAAGCCGACAAAUGGAGCACACUGAGCGCAGACAUUGAGGAGACCUUUAAAACGCAGGACCUUGCAGUGAUCUCCUCCAAGCUGACCAGCAUGCAAAACAGCCUGGCCAUGCUAGUGGACACACCAGACUACUCUGAAAAGUGUGUCCAUCUGGAGGCUCUGAAAAACCGACUGGAGGCCCUGGCCAGCCCACAGAUAGUAGCAGCCUUUAAUUCCAUGUCUAUAGACCAAGCCAAGCUGUUUGUUAAAGUCUUCACAGAGAUAGAUAGAAUGCCACAGCUUCUUGCCUAUUACUAUAAAUGCCACAAGGGCCAGCUGGUGGCCAUGUGGCAGGAUGUCUCUCAGAGCGAGCUCAGUCUAAAUCAGCAGCUGUCUGAAUUCUACGACACCUUGCUGUCCACAUGGCACACGCAGCUUCAGUGGAGCAGCCAGGUGUUCAAGAACCCAUAUGAGGUGGUGACAGUGUUGCUGAUCCAGACUCUGGGGUCCAUGGUGCCAUCCAUCCCUGUCUGCCUGAGCACAGCCAUGGAGCAGGCAGUCCAUGAGCAGCGUCUCGACACCUUGCUGGAGCUCCACCACACCACAUCCACCUUUGCACACGGUCUGGAGGCCGCCAUGCUGCCACACCUGGCAGAGAAUAACCUUCUAAAGGUGAAUGAGCUGGUCUGUGCACUGUACGACCCCUAUAAACCUUAUCAACUGCAGUAUGGAGAUCUGGAGGAAGCUCAUCUCCUCAUCCAGAUCAGUGCUGUACCUUUGGAACACGGUGAAGUAAUUGAUUGUGUGGAAGAGUUGAGCCACUCUGUCAGCAAGUUGUUUGGCCUGGCCAGUGCUGCAGUGGACCGCUGUGUCAAAUUGACUGAUGGGCUGGCUGUGUGUGGCCUCCUUAAGGCUCUCAAAGCCCUCUUUACCAAGUAUGUGUCAGACUUUUCCACCACACUGCAGUCAAUCAAGAAGAAAUGUAAGCUGGAGGAUACACCAAGUUCAUUUGUUUUUCAGGAAGACUGGACAGCUUUCCAAAACUCAGUCAGGAUUAUUGCUACAUGCGGAGAGUUACUUAGACACAGUGGAGCCUUUGAGCAGCAGCUAUCAAACAAGAUCCUGGGCACAGCAGGUAAAUACCUGUCUGAGUCAUACAGCCCACGCAGCCUAGCAGGCAUCCAGGAGGCCACCUCCACAGAGAAGAAGAGUGCCACCAAGAACCCCUGGCAGGAAUACAACUACCUUCAGAGGGGAAAUAUGGCUGAAUACAACAGCCUGAUGGAGGUCCUCUACUCAUUAAAGGAGAAGGGCGCAGGUAACUCCAGCCUGCUAGCUGAGCCCAGAGCAGCUCUGACCAGACUCAACCAGCAGGCCAACCAGCUGGCCUUCGACUCUGUCUUUCUGCAGAUCAAACACCAGCUCUGCCUCGUCUCCAAGAUGGAGAGUCAAGAGGCACCUGGUUUUGGAGAAAGCUACACAGAAGACCUACCUACUUUCAGCCUGUCACCGCAAGAAUACAUUGCAAAUAUAGGGCAGUACCUGAUGUCUUUGCCACUCCACUUGGAGCCGUUUGUGGCACAGGAGGACCCGGCACUAGAAAUGGCCCUACAUGCUGGGAAACUGCCUUUUCCUCCAGAGCAAGGUGAUGACCUUCCUGAGCUGGACAACACUGCAGACUACUGGCUGGGCUCCAUUGCUCGGGCAACAAUGCAGACCUACUGUGAUGCCAUCCUGCUCAUCCCCAAACUGAGCCCCCAUUCCACUAAACAGCUGGCCACAGAUAUCGACUACCUGAGCAAUGUGAUGGAUGCUCUGGGCCUGCAGCCCUCCUGCAGCCUGCAGCACAUUGUGACCCUGCUGAGGGCCAAACCAGAAGACUACAGACAGACGGCCAAGCUGCUGCCUCGUCGGCUGGCCUCCUCCAUUGCUGCCCUCCGGGGCAUCGACUACUAACAGCAUGGGAGAGGGUGCUGGACUCAGUUGUGGACAAAAUGAAGAAGAAUAUGAUCUUGGUAGUAGUUGGUUUAUCUGUUUCAAAUUUGGGGCUGCAGCAUUUUAGGAUUAUAGUCCUGUUUGAAUGGGGUUUGUGUGAAUGAUGAGAGAUUAAAACAGGGUGGGUCAGACUUUUUAUACCAUUAUUAAUGUUAAAAUGAUGGUGACUAUUUACAAUAUCUCACCAGUGGUGAUGCCUUCUUGUCAGUCCAAAAGGUCAAAGUGACUUGACUAUAACAUGUCAUGGUUUGCAUUUGCAAGUUACUAAAGUAUCUGCAGAAGUCACAAAAUCUGCAUCAAGGCCUGUGUGAGAGCAAAUUUGAAAUCGAUAUGACAACAUAUUUGUUAUCAUGUAACUCAUUUAUAAUAAAUUAUAUUACACUAAUAUUUCUGAUAUGAGCUGUAUUUUUGUUAAUUGAGCUUCACAUUCUGUACUUAAAGGUGGAGGUGCUCUGUCUUGCUGCAGAGGGGUCUGGGUAAUUAAUUUCCAUAUUUAUCCAUGUGGUAUGAUGAAAAUAUGUGCAUUAAAUACAACACUAUAUUGUACCCCGUG